AUGCAGUGCGUUUGUUUCCAUGCUGGGGAUGGAGGUGGGAGCGAAGAGUCUGAUGGAAGUUAGCUCCUGCCGGCUUCGGAGGGUUGAACUUCUGGGGAGUGGGAAGUGUGUCGGGGAGACGUCCUGUGUGUGUGUGUGGAGGGGGGUAUGGUAUAUUCUGAGCUUAUCUCCGAGUGCGUGUCUCUGGGGCUGACGGGCAUUUCCUCCUGCUGUAACCACACGGCGUGAACACCGUCUCCCUUCUGUCUAGGACCUGACACAUGCGUUGAGUGUUGCUGUUUUAACGUGGCUACUCAUAGCGCUUAGGAAUCCUGUCCUUUCAAGAAAAAGUACUUGCUCUGCAGCUUUCCUUUACCUUUUGGGUGUAUGCCUUGAUGAGAUUCAAGAUCCACUACUUAAUAUACGAAGAGGGGGGGGCGGAGGGAAGCGAUUAGUCGGAGAUUUCCCUGCCGAUUAAUAGCACUGCAAUAUAUAGCUUUAUCGUACUGUGGUUGAUUGGUGCAGGAAUAUUGUGUCCUGCCUCUUUAAAUCCUGAAACGCGUGGAGUUUAAAUAAACUGGCUAGGAAGCUUUUGCUACCCACCCUUCGCCCCCACUGAGGAGUCUGUAUUCAGCAAGUGCCCAGGCUUAGAGUGCAGGCAGCCUGAAAGGAGCCGGAAAUAUGUUACAUUGAUGUUUGGCAUAGUUGCAGUCAAGUUAAAGGGACUUCCAUCCUGAAGGAUCCUGAAGCACUUUUCAUAUUAUGCAUGCAGGAAUUGCUUCACCUAAACAGUCAUUCCAGUAUAUGUCAGAUCUACUAUGAAAUGUGGAAGCUGUUUUACAGAAGAGUAUAUCGCUACCCAACAGGGCAGCAGAGGAAGUGAGGAUCAUAUUCAGUUGAAAUUAGAGAGCUUGAUGCCACAGCAACGGUAUUGGCUAACCGACAAGAUGAAAGUGAGCAGUCUAGAAAAAAGCUUAUUGAGCAAAGUCGUGAGUUCAAGAAAAACACUCCAGAGUUUUUCAAGUCGGUGGCUUGCUUCUGCAGUAAAUAAGCAAGACAUACUGGACCUGCGCAAACAGGUAGCUCCAUUAUUGAAGAGUUUCCAGGGGGAGAUUGAUGCAUUAGGUAAAAGAAGCAAAGAAGCAGAGGCAGCCUUCUUGAAUGUCUAUAAGAGAUUAAUUGAUGUUCCAGAUCCAGUUCCAGCUCUGGAUCUAGGACAGCAGCUUCAGCUGAAAGUCCAGCGAAUGCAUGAUAUUGAAACAGAGAACCAGAAACUUAGGGAAACUCUAGAGGAAUACAACAAGGAAUUUGCUGAAGUGAAAAAUCAAGAGGUUACAAUAAAAGCGCUUAAAGAGAAAAUCAGAGAAUAUGAACAGACCCUGAAGAACCAAGCAGAGAAUAUAGCUCUUGAAAAAGAACAAAAAUUACAAAAUGACUUUGCAGAGAAGGAGAGAAAGUUGCAAGAAACACAGAUGUCAACAGCCUCGAAGCUGGAGGAGGCCGAACACAAAGUUCAAGCUUUACAAACAGCCUUGGAAAAAACUCGGACAGAAUUAUUUGACCUUAAAACAAAAUAUGAUGAAGAAACUACUGCAAAGGCUGAUGAAAUUGAGAUGAUCAUGACGGAUCUCGAAAGAGCAAAUCAGAGGGCAGAGGUGGCUCAGAGAGAGGCAGAAACCUUAAGGGAGCAGCUCUCAUCAGCUAACAAAUCUCUCCAACUUGCUACACAGAUCCAGAAGGCACCUGAUGUGGAGCAGGCCAUAGAGGUGCUGACGCGAUCUAGCUUGGAGGUGGAACUGGCUGCAAAAGAACGUGAAAUUGCCCAGCUCGUAGAAGAUGUCCAGAGACUCCAAGGCAGCCUCACCAAACUUCGUGAGAACUCCACCAGCCAGAUAUCACAGCUGGAGCAGCAGCUGACUGCCAAGAACAGCACACUUAAACAACUGGAAGAAAAACUGAAAACACAGGCUGACUAUGAAGAGGUUAAGAAAGAAUUAAAUAUACUGAAGUCCAUGGAAUUUGCACCCUCUGAGGGCUCUGGUGCACAGGAUGCAUCCAAACCACUGGAGGUGUUGCUGCUGGAGAAAAAUCGCUCGUUGCAGUCUGAGAAUGCCACACUGCGUAUCACUAAUAGUGACCUGAGCGGGUCAGCCAGGAGAAAAGGGAAAGACCAGCCUGAGAGUCAGCGUCCUGCAACCUUGCCGGCCUCCCCUUCUUCUCAGUUGCUCCGCAACACGGGGGAGCAGGCUUCCAAUACUAAUGGUACACACCAGUUCUCACCAACGGGUUUAAGUCAAGACUUUUUCAGCUCAUCCUUGGCAAGCCCCAGCUUACCCCUGGCCUCCACAGGAAAAUUUGCACUAAACUCUCUCCUCCAGCGACAGCUAAUGCAGUCCUUCUACUCCAAGGCAAUGCAGGAAGCAGGAAGCACAAGCAUGAUUUUUUCAACAGGUCCUUACAGCACAAACUCCAUAUCUUCCCAAAGUCCAUUACAACAAAGUCCGGAUGUUAAUGGCAUGGCCCCAUCUCCCAGCCAGUCAGAAAGUGCUGGGAGCAUCUCUGAAGGCGAGGAGAUAGACACAGCAGAAAUUGCACGUCAGGUGAAAGAGCAAUUGAUCAAGCACAAUAUUGGACAGCGGAUAUUUGGACAUUAUGUCUUGGGACUGUCACAAGGGUCUGUGAGCGAGAUACUAGCCCGGCCAAAGCCAUGGAAUAAAUUGACUGUGAGAGGCAAGGAGCCAUUUCACAAGAUGAAGCAGUUCCUCUCAGAUGAGCAGAACAUCCUGGCCCUACGCAGCAUCCAGGGUAGACAAAGAGAGAAUCCAGGCCAGAACCUGAACAGACUAUUUCAGGAAGUACCGAAACGAAGAAAUGGGUCUGAAGGUAACAUCACCACAAGAAUCCGAACCACAGAGACUGGCUCUGAUGAAGCCAUCAAAUCCAUUCUAGAACAAGCCAAAAGGGAGCUGCAAGUACAGAAAACAGCUGAGCCGGCUCAGCCACCUUCUGCAUCUAGCAGUGGCAAUUCUGAUGAGGCCAUUCGAUCCAUUCUGCAACAAGCCCGACGUGAAAUGGAAGCACAGCAGGCUGCCCUUGAACCUGCCUUAAAAACAACACCUUUGUCUCAAGCAGACAUUUCCAUCUUGUCCCCAAAACUAAUAUCUACACCUGCAAUGUCUUCGGUAUCCAGUUAUUCUCCAUUGGCCUUGUCACUGAAGAAACAUUCUACUGUCAUGGAUUCUAAUAUAUCUGCAUUGCAGAACCUCUCUGGGCUAAAAAAGGAGCACCAGGAAACACCAGUUUUAGAGCUUCAUGGAAUAACUGAUUCUGCACAGGGUGUGCUGAGGCAUGUUAAAAAUGAAUUGGGACGUGGUGGUGUUUGGAAGGACCAUUGGUGGAACACUGUUCAGCAUGACAGAAGAAAUACCACUCCUUCUGAAGAUACAAAGGUCGAGGAAGCCAGCAGUGGAAAAGAAAAGGUCAGCAGCCAGACAAGGUCAGAUCGUAGCCAACUCCAAGGACCAUCCUCUUCAGAAUACUGGAAGGAGUGGCCAAAUGCUGAAUCUCCAUAUUCCCAGAGCUCUGAAUUGAGCAUGACUGGGGCAAGCCGCAGUGAGACACCACAAAAUAGCCCCCUUCCUUCCUCUCCUAUUGUACCUAUAUCAAAGCCAUCCAAACCCUCAGUUCCUCCAUUGACACCUGAGCAGUAUGAGAUUUACAUGUACCAGGAAGUGGAUACAAUAGAGCUAACUCGUCAGGUCAAAGAAAAGCUAGCAAAGAAUGGCAUCUGCCAAAGGAUCUUUGGGGAAAAGGUGUUGGGCCUAUCCCAAGGGAGUGUCAGUGACAUGCUCUCCAGGCCAAAGCCAUGGAGUAAAUUGACGCAAAAAGGCCGAGAACCAUUUAUUCGUAUGCAGCUCUGGCUGAAUGGUGAGCUGGGACAGUGUGUCCUGCCUGCACAAGGGCAGCAGCAAGGACAAGUCCUCCACUCAGUGACAUCGCUGCAGGAUUCCCUACAGCAGGGAUGUGCAAGCUCAGAAAGCACUCCAAAGACCUCGGCCAGUUGCAGUCCUGCUCCUGAGUCUCCUAUGAGUUCCAGUGAAUCAGUGAAGAGUCUGACUGAAUUGGUACAGCAACCGUGUCCUGCUAUAGAGACAAGUAAAGAUGGCAAACCACAAGACUCAAGUGAGCCACCUGUUUCUGAAUCCCAGUCGACAACACCUUUGCCUCUCUCGGGCCAUUCGGCACUUAGCAUUCAAGAACUGGUUGCUGUCUCUCCUGAAUUGGACACAUAUGGCAUUACGAAGAGGGUUAAAGAGGUGUUAACAGACAACAACCUUGUGUGGCUGACAAGCCUAAAAAGCAGCAGAAGAGCCAGGAAAUGUGCCCCAAACUCUGCAUUAGGUCAGCGUUUGUUUGGGGAGACAAUCCUAGGGCUAACGCAAGGCUCAGUCUCAGACCUUCUGGCUCGCCCAAAGCCCUGGCACAAAUUGAGUUUGAAGGGACGGGAGCCCUUUGUCCGCAUGCAGCUGUGGCUAAAUGAUCCCAACAAUGUGGAGAAAUUGAUGGAUAUGAAGCGAAUGGAGAAAAAAGCCUACAUGAAACGACGGCACAGCUCAGUUAGUGACAGUCAACCUUGUGAGCCCUCUUCAGCUGGAAUAGACUAUAGCCAGGGAGCCAGCCCACAGCCACAGCAUCAGCUAAAGAAACCACGAGUAGUGUUGGCACCAGAAGAGAAAGAAGCUCUAAAACGAGCAUAUCAGCAAAAGCCAUACCCAUCGCCAAAAACCAUUGAGGAACUCGCUACACAGCUCAACUUGAAAACCAGCACCGUGAUCAAUUGGUUCCACAAUUACAGAUCUCGCAUCCGUCGAGAGCUGUUCAUUGAAGAAAUCCAAGCAGGAAGCCAGAGCCAGGCUGGAUCAAGUGACUCUCCUUCAGCCAGAAGCAGCAGGGCAGUUCACAGCUCUGAGGGAGACAGUUGUGAUGGUGUGGACACAGAAGGCCCACCUGAAGGAAAGCAAAGUGGUCUGGAGGCGGACGAGUACAGCAAUGCAACCACAAAGUCUCAGGGAGGGCAAGCAGAGUCAGCUUUUGAAGCGGGGGAAGAGGUACCACAAGAUGCCAGAUCAUCAGAGAAAACAGAGUCAUUCCAUUUGGGAAUGGAGAGCCUGGAGGAUACUGAUGAUGAGGGUAGGCUCAAAGCACCACGUCAGAGUUCUCCGCCAGGGUCUCAAAGUUCAGGAGAAACUCUGGAGACAAUGCCAAACUCUGCUACAGAAGAGGAUGCCUCUACCUCAGCUGCCUCCACCUCAGUCCUUACAGGGGAGAGCUCCUUCAAGUCAAAAGAGAGUUCAGAGAAAAUGUUGAGUGUGCCAAGUACAAGUUCCACGUUGGCUGCAGGCUCACAGAAAGCCAACUCUAUUCAGAGUUUAUUCAGCUUUUCCGAGGCAGCAAGCUCCAAGAACACGCGGGACAACACCUUGAGGAAAAAGAAAGCAGCAAACUUGAACAACAUAAUACACCGUUUAGAGAAGGCCGCUAGUCGAGAAGAGCCCGUUGAAUGGGAGUUUUGAGAUUAAACUCACCCAACUCUAGAGAGCUGGGAAAGUUAAACUGGACCUCUACUGGUUUUAUUGUGUUGCGCACUUACCGCCCUGCAGGCCACAGGGCAAAAACGCCAUAGGCCAAGGUGCAUAUAGAAAACAAAAGGAGCGUUAAGCCCAAUUUAUGUUUGUGUUUUCAAGGAAGAAAACUGAAAUGUGUGGUCAAGCUUUUUUGUACCCUGAAGUGUUUUUAUUAAUGCCCUAAGUGAUUUCCACAAUUUCUGGAAUAACUCAUACAGCUUUGCCUUGUGCCCUCCUCUUUGGUGUGGGCUUUAAAAAAACAAAAACACAAAAAAAAUCAAACCCACAUAUUUAAAGGGGGCUUUUUAUCUGCCAUCUAAUGGCUACAGAGCGAUAAUACACUAUUAUCUUCUUAAACCAGGAAAAAAGGGGAGAUUUUUCAAAAAGGAAAAAUAAAAAGUUUUUUGUAGCUGUUCAGUUGCCACUAAGAGAUUGCACAGUCAACCGACUCUAAACACACUAGUUUGGAUUCCUAAAUAUUUUCAAGAAAAGAAAAGAAUCGUGUUGUUUGAAACUUUGAAUUAAAAAAAACACAUUUACUCCACAUAUUUUUUAACAAAACAAAAAAAGUCACAUCAGGAAAAUAUCUUAAUUUGUGGUAGCUGACUUAGUGUUUUCUUGUAAGUGAAAUAGAAUAUUGACACGUAGUGCACAUUGUUUCAUAGCUUUAACUGAUUCUGGUCUUUUGCAGACCAGAAUUUGUUUAAUACACUCCAUUUUAGGCCAAAUCAGGACAAAAAAAAUCUGAAUCUAGGUAUUUUAUAAUCUGCUUUUUAACCUCUAACCACAGAGCACGCUGAUCAGACCUCAUAUCCAGGAGGUUUAGGAGACAACUUAGAAUAGCAUGUACUUGAUCAUUUCAUUUGAAUUGUUCUUGGCCUCAUGGCUAGAGGGGUGAAAACAUUAUCUAAGUUGUAUCUAGUACCUUUUUGUUUAAGAAAGAGAAAUGAAAAAAGUUGGCCAGUAACAUUUCAGCCUGCAGCUCUGGGGACAUAUUUUACAACCUGAAGCAUUCAACUAACUUGAAAUCAGUUAAAGUUUCAUUUACAUGUAUAACUGAUAACACACACCACUAAGAAGGAAUUGGGGCCUGCCUCAGAUGAAGAGAUUUCUUCCUACAAUAGGUAGCCAUUUACUGACUCUCUUCCCACCAUAAGCACUGAUUUAAAUGUUUUAGUUUGUGGGAAGUUUAUUUUUGUGUAGAAAAAGAAUACAUUGCAGGUAUCAGAUGGGCUGUGACCAAGAUGGAAAUAGCCCAAACUCCAAACCAAAAUACUCAUGCUCUUGAAUCCCAGUCCAGACUAUUCCGCCCUUCAGAAAUUUAGCCUCUUCAGAUUAUUUUAUGCACAGCAUAAAACUGAUCAAAGUACAAAUCAAAUUCUAACUUGUCUCUAACUCCUCCUGUUGUCUAUAUGUAUAUGCGUGAGCAUAGAGGUGUGUGGAAGGAUGUGUGUGUGUGAGUGUGUGCGAGCAAUUUUAUACGUCUGUGU